AGCUGGCCAGCGGGCGGCGGGGGCGGCGCCGACGGGGCCCGCGGAGGCACGCGAGGGGUCGGCGGCGCCCGGGAUCCUGUGAUCUGUGCGGGGCCUGCGGUUCGCUCGGUCCGGGCGGGAGGCCCGACGGCGGGAGGCAGCAUGUCGGUGGCGGGGCUGAAGAAACAGUUCUACAAGGCGAGCCAGUUGGUCAGCGAGAAGGUCGGAGGGGCAGAGGGGACCAAGCUGGACGAUGACUUCAAAGAGAUGGAGAAGAAGGUGGAUGUCACCAGCAAGGCAGUGGCAGAAGUGCUGGUCAGAACAAUCGAGUAUCUGCAGCCCAACCCAGCCUCUCGGGCCAAGCUGACAAUGCUGAACACGGUGUCCAAGAUCCGGGGCCAGGUGAAGAACCCCGGCUACCCGCAGUCGGAAGGCCUCCUGGGAGAGUGCAUGAUCCGCCACGGGAAGGAGCUGGGCGGAGAGUCCAACUUUGGUGAUGCCCUGCUGGAUGCAGGGGAGUCCAUGAAGCGCCUGGCUGAGGUGAAGGACUCGCUGGACAUAGAGGUCAAGCAGAACUUCAUUGACCCGCUGCAGAACCUGUGUGACAAAGACCUGAAGGAGAUCCAGCACCACCUGAAGAAGCUGGAAGGUCGCCGCCUGGACUUUGACUACAAAAAGAAGCGGCAGGGCAAGAUCCCUGACGAGGAGCUGCGCCAGGCCAUGGAGAAGUUUGAGGAGUCCAAGGAAGUGGCAGAGACCAGCAUGCACAACCUCCUGGAGACAGACAUCGAGCAGGUGAGCCAGCUCUCGGCCCUGGUGGACGCGCAGCUGGACUACCACCGACAGGCCGUGCAGAUCCUGGACGAGCUGGCCGACAAGCUCAGGCGCAGGGUGCGAGACGCCUCCUCACGCCCCAAGCGGGAGUACAAGCCCAAGCCCCGGGAGCCUUUUGACCUCGGAGAGCCAGAGCAGUCCAACGGGGGCUUCCCCUGCACCACAGCCCCCAAGACCACAGCAGCUUCAUCGUCCUUCCGAUCUUCGGACAAGCCCAUCCGGACCCCCAGUAGGAGUAUGCCACCCUUGGACCAGCCCAGCUGCAAGGCACUGUACGACUUUGAGCCUGAGAACGACGGGGAGCUGGGCUUCCGCGAGGGCGACCUCAUCACGCUCACCAACCAGAUCGACGAGAACUGGUACGAGGGCAUGCUGCACGGCCAGUCGGGCUUCUUCCCCCUCAGCUACGUGGAGGUGCUCGUGCCUCUGCCGCAGUGACAUGCCAAGGCCCUCCCGCCCUCCGUCCACACCAGCCGGGUCUCCUGCAUUCCAUUUAGCAGCUGAUUCGGGCCCACCGGGCGGCCUGUCACCAGGCUGCAGGGCCAACGAGGCAGGCAGCUCUCAUCCGGGCCUGCCCGUCUGCACCGGUGAGCGUGGGCCCACACUGGAGGCAGCGGGCUCCCUUCCCCACCUUCUGGCAGUCCUCCUGGGGCUGGGCUGCGUCCUUCCUUCCCUUUCAUGGCCUCCUUCCCCGGCCAGCAGGCCUGAGGUGGGACUAACACUAAGGUGCUCUUAGAAACACUAAUGUUCCCUGGAGGAGCAGCAAUUUCCUCCCAUCCUGGGGCCAUCCCUGUUGUGGCUGCAGGGCCCAGCUCCUCUCCCUGUCACCUGACCUGCUGCCUUAACAGGGUGGGGUGGGACUGAGGCAAGACCCCUGGCCACCUCCCCACAUCCCAGGUUUUAAAUCCCCUCCCCGCCCGUUGCUGGCGAUGGGCCAGGCCCCCAUCCAGGGCACCCCAGAGGCCUGAAGUCCCAGAGGUGCUGUCCCUGAGCCUUGCACACAUGCUACUUCCUGGAGAGCUGGGGCCUUCAGAGGCCCCUAGGCCAGGGCGUCCCUCACCUCUUAGAACCUGCUGUCAGCUCUGCUUGUGAUCAGGACGAGAUAGGCCUGGGUUUUCAGAGGCUGCCUGCUCAAGGACAAGCCCUCUCCCAGGAGCCCUGGGCCCACCGCUGUCUCAGGAGCCUGUCACCCUCCCAGCCAAGUCCUCAGACACUGGCUGGCUUGUACCCACCCACCCAUAGCCACCCUCAUGAGGCCAAUGGGUCCAGCCUCCUAAAGCCCCAGCACAUGGAGGGCUGUGCCCACCCUGCACACAAACAGCUCACUCGGGACCACGGCCCAUCCUGCUCUGCCGGAGGUUGAGCUCGAAUGCUCUGAAGACUGUCACCUCAGACCUGGCUUGCCAGCACCUGCCUUCCCUACACCAAGCCAGCGGCUGUGUCCCGAGACCCCUACCCAGACCAGCAGGAUCCCAGCCCCAGCUUCCACUCCCUCUCACCUAAUCCAAACUUGUCUAAAUGGAGGGACCUCUGGGCUUGGCCACAUUCACAUUCCCUUCCCUAGGACUCCACAAAGCCCCUGGGACACCAGGCUCUGCCCUUCUCUUUUGCCCCUUUGUGACUACCACAUGGGGACACGCAGUCUCUGCCAAGACGGGCGGUGCGACCUGGCUUCCCAUCCAGGGUGGACUGAAAUGUACGCCUAAUUUUUUUAAAAAAAGAAGUAUUAAAUGUUUCUUUCUACA